CCCGCCCCGGCCUAACCCCUUCUGUCUAUUCUCCCUAAAUCCCCUCAUCCACUGGCAACUCACAAAGGGGUGGGCCUUUGCUGACUUUGUCCGACCUUCACGAGAAAAUCACACCUCCAUUGAUAUCUGACUGAAAUCCUCAACUAUGCAAGGCCGCACUCUUGCGUCCACAAGUUUGCAUCCAUGGACGUCCAACAGAUGAGUAGUAAGCCAUAUGGCGAAGGAGAAACGCUUGCCCCUCAAGUUGUUUUGGCUGCUUGGCUUGUUCCUGUCUUCCCCGCCAUAUUCGUCUGCGCUAGAUUCUACACGACCCGUCGCAUCCUGAAAUCCAAGCCAAAGGAAGAUUGGUUCAUUCUCGUUGCAUUGAUAUCCUCCAUUCUCUUCUCGGUAUCUGUGACAAUACAAGCACAAUAUGGGCUUGGUAGGCAUAUGGGUGACGUUCCAGACCCCAAACAUACCUACACCAAGUAUCUUCUCGUUAGCGCUUUUGGAGUCACUAGCACGUAUCCAAUUGCCAACUUCUUCACCAAGCUCUCAAUCCUCUCUUUCUACCUACGCUUUACAACAAGCCGUUGCUUCACUUAUGCCGUCUAUUCCACCAUUGCUCUCGUCUUUGUCUUCAACUUCGUCGGAGCAACAGGCGUCCUUUACUGGUGCAAACCGAUCAAGGUCUUUUGGACCCAUUGGAACAAAGAUCAAUGUUUGGACAACAAUAUAUGGUAUGCAUCGCUACUGGGAAUCAACGUUGUGGUCGACAUCAUUAUCUUGUUGAUGCCCAUAUGUAUCAUCAGGCCCUUGAGAGUUGAGUUCGCUCAAAAGGUUGCCAUCGGUGCCAUUCUGGGGACAGGCGGCUUCGUGCUGGGAGUCAGUCUUUUCCGUUGGAUCUGUGAAGACCUCGUCAUAGAAGACAAGGACUAUACUUGGCGCUUGGCAAUCCACUAUAUCUGGGGCAACACGGAACUGAACGUCGCCAUCAUAUGCGCUUGCAUGCCCUGUCUAAAGCCGUUGCUCGUACGCCUCUUUCCUCGGGCUCGCUGGCUGAGGGCAGUUCCUCAGCCAAGAGACCUGGACACUAUAUCAUUGUCCGCUCUGACGGAUCGAGACACUUCAACCGAUAUAGCUCAAAGGCGGAUCGACUGGGCAGCGUUGCGGGCGAGCCACGGUGUGAAGACUGACACAGAAGUAGCGUCAACGGAUCUGACAUCCACCGAAGAGCGAGAUUACGGUGUAGUUGACCCAGAAAGAGGAAGGACAGAGGACCAGAGAUCAGGACAAGCACCAGGCAACAGCUCCGGUAACAACGUCUAGAAGCACAAGCUAGACCACGCUCGGGAAUCCCUGACACUAUUCAACACCAAUCAUACAUCGAACUGCCGAAUAGUUGACCCUAUUACUAAAGUUUC